AUGUUCUUACUGGAAAUGGAAAUAAAUAAUUUUAUUGUAAUGCCUACUUAUUUCAUAAUUUUGAUAACAAAUGCGAUUAUUGAAGUAAAUAAAGCCUCGAUUACUUUUGAUGAAAAAAUAACUCAUCUAAUCAUGCAGAAGGCCCGUGUUAAGGUUCUUGGCUCAACUAUUGCUGACAACAAACAGAUGUUUUAUACGAAUGCCUCCCUUGAAAUGGGAGACUCCGUGGGUCUUUUGGUGUUUGAAGAUUCUGGCAAAAGAGUUAUUGGCGGUAUUCACCAUGGAACUGCAGUCACAUAUGACAAGUACAACAGAAAAAAGAAAAUAAAUUUAUUUGUACGAGUAUAUGAUUAUAAUUGGAUAAACAAACAUGGUUUAUACUAUGUAAGUAUUUCUAAUGUUUAA